AUGUAUGCAACACCCACACGUACAGCCACUCCUUCCCGCACCACAACCAUCACGGCGAGGGUCCGCCAAAACAGUUCCGCUACUGCCUCACUUCCAACCCGCAGUAACUUAGCCCAGCAAGGCCAGCCGGGCCCAUCCAAUCGGCCGAUCAAACAUGUCCGGUUUCAAAACACCGAGCUGACGGAGAGCGAGAAGGCGUGGGAGAGGGAGAAGGAGCGCCGGCGGAAGGAACUGAGCGGACAAUUGACUUUUGACACGCCGGGUCCGAAGGAAAACCCUAUUGAUUGGACGGCGGGGGCGAUUACAGUGGUGAGUGUGCUGCUCGCGGGGUUGUGGAUGUUGCGGUCGAAAAGGAGGCGGUAA